AUGUUUGGAUACACGUGUCUCACUUCAAAAUACCCCCGUUCCUACCUCUUCGCUGUCGUCGCUAAUGUUGGCCCCCAUGGCACCAGCCGCUCCCUAGCCGUGGCCUAUCGUCAGGGCAACGACAGCGACGUCUAUUUGUCAGAUCUGGCGCGUAUGAGGCAUGUCGUGACAGACAUACUAACGCUGAUCGACAUCCUCUCGGAUCCCGCGAACCGCGGGCCGCUUGAGGCGGAAAGGGCGCUCGCGCAGAGCUGGUAUCGUCGGUCUCUGGGGCGUACCGAGGCUAAGAGUAGUGAGCGACCCAGCGUUCCAGACUCGCCACAGCCCCCUUUUGUUAUGCCUGGUAGCUGCCACUUGAGGGGGAAAGGGCAACUACAGCCUGAGCUGCCGUGGCAUGAUGACGCCCUUAGCGAGUUCCCCUUUACGACGACGUGCCUUUUGCUGGGGUUAUUACGUGACGAUGGCCACGGCGAUACCAAUGUCACCAACCGCAACAGCAUGCGCCCAGGCGACGUUCAGCUCCAACCGCUUUCCACUGUGUUCCGUGGCGACUGCGCCGAGUAUGGCCUUGUCGUCCUCGAUAUCUCCGAUUUUGACAGCGGCGUUAAGUAUGGCAUUGUUGGCUUCCCUGUGCGUUAUAUGGCAGACGUUUGGUACCGCGGCGAGACUGUGGGCUGGGAUUAUGUCGAAGACCGCCCGCCGGAGAAGGAGCCUGACGUCGUACUUUUCAGCCCGCGGCCUCGAGCGCCGUUGUCUAUUCUUCAGUGGCUACGCAAGUACACACAUUGUGCCGACUUGGAAGAUUAUCCCAAUAGCCUUAGACUGGAGGAUAGACCGCUUGUUGAUGCUGCAGCCUUGGACUACUUCUGGCCUUCAAAGCCCACCACCCGCGCCAAAGAGGCAUCGCUUACAAUAGCCUCGCGCUUGACCACGUCACGAGCAUCGACAAUAGCAGCCUCGCGCUCGACCAUGCCAUAUGAAGUGCCGCAAAAAUCACCCUUGGACCGCGCUAUCGAUAAUCUGCUUAUUCUCACACAAGAACCCGGUCUCCACCUCGACGAGGAGACAAUCGGCAAAUUCCAAAAGCUCGCUGAGUUCCGCGAGCAGCUGCGGCGGCGGCUCGAAGAGGUGCCCGAUAGCCUAGGCCCGUUCUCCGAGGCCUCGAGUCAUAUUCUGCGUGUUGCGUACGCUGGAUGUACGCACCUCAACUGGGUCGCGUUUAAAAACCUGGCACCCGGAGUGAUCGCUGCCGCUGUUGCAUCCGAUGAGCUUCGAAACGCGUCUGCGCUCAGCCUCUGCGUCGAUGAAUUCAAGCUGGAGGGAGAUGAGGGAGACCUCGGUGAUCUAGCAGCGGUUCUGGGGCAGUCUACGACCCUCAACCAGCUCUAUUUCUUACAGGGACCGGAAAGGGACAGCGAUGACGCCUCCGCCCGUUUUUACACGCAGCUGCUGCUUCGGGGGAGGUCAUCAGGAGACUUGGGGUGGCUCCGCGACAAAACCAUCUAUCCGACUUGCGCCUUUUCUACACCCUUGUGCAACCACAGGUUCACAUGGCCCUCCACUGCUAGUGUCACUUUCACUUCCCCUGAUAUCCAAGUCUUUCCCGUAAUGCAUAUGUUCACGUUUCGGGGUUAUCAGCGCGAAGAUGUCGCAGAUGCAGAUCACCACCUUCAACAAUACCAAAACAGCCACAGCUAUAGUCGCUACUACGAUAUGAGCAACACUCUUCUGGACGCUGAGCGCUUUGCAGUCCGAUUUCUAUCAUACCUCCAUUCCGUGGGGUCGGGUUCUGACAAGGCCAUCUUGCGAUUCGCAUACGAAGCCUCGUCACCGAUUACCACUACUACCACCACCGAGAACGAAAAAUCGCCGCCGCCAUUCCCAUCGUCAGGACAGUUCGCUGCGAGCCCCAUUCCCGCCGGAUUCUUUGGAAAUCACCUCGCAGCAAAUGAUCAGUCAAGAAUCAAAGUCAGAGUCAGGUAUAUACAGCCCGGCAGCUGGGUGAUUCUUCUGGACCAACGAGGCCGCAGUUUAAGCGACGAAAGCGAUGUCUUACUACGAUACUCUUUUGUUAGAAUCCGUGGAGCCUCUGCCGAUAUUGCACCUGAGAAUCAACAACAAAGUCCCGUUCCCGCCCCCGCCUCUAAUUUCGUCGACGUUGUAGGUGGGGUAACAGAGUUCCUGCGCGAGACCGUGCCAGGGAUCGAUAUAUCCCCGUACGAGAAACGGGUCGAGGAUGUUGGGAAAGACCUCCACACGCGGCGAGCUUCCCUUGCAACGGGGAAACGACGCAUUGACAUCGGCGUUAUGGCUGAGAGCAGCGCCCGGGCAUUGCUUGACCAAUUACUUUGA